AUGGUGCGUGGUGCAUUUCAGAUAGCGCUCGUUGUGUUGGCUUGUGUGUGGUUUGCGGCUGGCGAUGUGACCCACCUGAAGGCGGCCAAGGCGAGGCUAUUAGGCCGAUUGACUGGCAAGCAUCACAAGAGAGGCAUCUACUCACAUGUGCCGCCAUUCAAGUUAGGGCACGAUAUUCCCCUCGUGACUCACUCAGUGGUUAAACCACUAGUAGUAACCUACCCACCUACAGCUGCUGUGGCCAAUAUAAAGGUUCCAGUCACUCCUCCUUACCCGCACCUCCCUAGUUCUGUGACACAUAAGGUGCAUCCACACUUUGGAAUAAAACAUCCUCAUCAUAAAACCGUGCUUGUGCCCAAGCCGGAUCAACAUUUCCACCACCACCACCACCAUCUCGCACCGAAACCUUUGGUUCCGGUGCUGCCGGCUCCUCCGGUACUUCCUCCUACUCCUCUUGUGCCUGUCCCUCAACCAACUAGAACAGUAGUACAUCCUGUACCAGCACCUUCUCCACCUGUGAUAGUGCACCAGGCACCUCAACCCAUUUUACCUGCCCAACCGCUACCAAUAGCCCCUCCCCCAUCAGUUCCUUUAUUUCCGCAACCGUCACCUUUAAAACCUGUUAUUCCACUUACGCCCAUCCAACCAGCACAAGCCGUCAACAUACCUACAUUCCCUAUAACACCUCAAUUUCCGUAUAUAAUUAGACCUGGUAAUGCUGUCCAGACUUCUUUCUUCGCAUCGUACCCAAGAUAUCCUUUGGUGAACUACCAAAAUCCAUUGUUGACCCUAGCCGCUCCUCCGGCACCUGUAUUGCCAGCUAACUUUUAUGAUCGUCCUCAUUUUCAUCAUCUAGUUCCACAAGCUGGAGUGCAUAGUGUUUUCGAACAACCGGCCCCACCAUUACCAGUAGAGCAGACGCCAACGCUUCUACAUCCAACCCAGACUGUUAUACCGCAGCCGACAGUCCACCUUCAGCCUGAUCAGCCAACUAGCCACUAUCACCCUGUAGAGCCAUCCGUUCACCUUCAUUCAGCUCAGCCUCCUUUACACUUACAACCUGCGGAGCCAUCCUUACACCUCCACCCAGGUCAGCCCACUUUACAAUUACCACCUGCUGAGCCUUCAUUACACGUCCAUCCUGUUCAGCCAAGUCUGCACGUACAGCCAGCUGAACCAACUCUGCAUCUCCAGCCAGCUCAGCCAGCCAUUCACGUCCAAACGACACAACCUGCUGUGCCGCUCGACCACGACGGCUGGUCGCCGGUGCCUGCUCAGCCCGAUCACGUCCCGAAUCAGCCUGAAGGUUAUUUUCACCAGCCAGUAGACUCCCACCACUUUACUCAAGAGCAAGGUACGCAAGUAUACGAACAUCACACAGGCAACGACCACUUCCACGACUAUCAAAAUCAGUUGGAACAUCACAUCCACCAACAAAUCGAUCAGGCACAAUACGAGCAACACAUUAACAAUCAGCAUCAGCUAAACCAAGAAUACGGCGCACCUCAACAGGACUAUGGGCAACCUAACCAAGAUUUUCAUCAAAAUCAAGAGUUCGCGCAACACGCACAUGAAUACGCGCAGCAUGUUCAGGAAUAUGCUCAACAUGGCCAAGAGUAUGCGCAAACGAACGAAUACAAUGCACAGCAGGGGCAGAGUUACCAAUCGGGAGGGGAGUAUAAUCAAUCAGAACAGGAAUACGGGGCGCCACAGGGUAUAGAAGGACGCAGUGGAGAGAGCGAGGGAGAUACGCAGCGGUACCACAAUCACAUCCCGCUGGGCCUCCAGCCGCCCAUCGACCGACCCCUGGAACACUUCCGGUAG